UACAGACGACGUACGCGCACGCCACACGGUCGGUCGGAAACGUAUUUCGUACGAGUCGGAUUACGAGCUUUUAUUUUUUAUUUAUUUUUUUUUUUUACGUCACGGGUAAAAUAAAUUAAAAUAUUGUUGGCGGAUUUGUUUUUUUUUUCUCUCUCCGCCACUUCUCUACCGCCGUCGUCAAUCCGUUUCCGAACAAUUGCAGCAGUCCACGGGAAUUUCGGUCUGUGUUUCGAGUUUUUUUUUUUCAUCGUCUUAAUUAUUAUUAUCAUUAAUACUCGUUGUCGAGUUCUCUUUAAAAAAAAAAAAAACGGACGGGAUACACGAACGAUUUCUUGCACGUCGACCUAGUGUGUUUUCCAAAUCUCAACUUUCGUAUAUUUUGGAUCAACGGACCAUGUUCCCUGUGCAAAUUUGUCACAACGAUCGACGAUAAAGAUGGCUGUCAAAUGGUGGUCCGUGAUGGUCGCGCUGGCGUGUUGCUCGAUCUGCCGCACCGUCAUGUGCACGGCCGUCCGGCUGGACCUGCGGCCAGUGCCAUCCAACGAUCCGGGUGUUGUUGAUCUCGUCGAGAUGCCCAACCCGGCGCUAGAUCCCAGGCCCUCCGACCUAAACGUCACGGCACUGUUGGCCAAGCUGGCCGCCAAGUUCGACCCCAACUACAUGAGCGUGACCGCUCCCGAACAGCUGGUACCCGUUGCCGACAUACCCUUCAGGAGGAAUCGACGAGGACGAUUGGUACCUACGGGCAAAAUGCCGGCGGAGAUCCGGGAUCUGGACACCAAAUAUUUUUCGCUGCCAGACGGCCGGCGGCUCCGGACCCGGAUAUCCAGUCAGUUGCGCCGGAAGAUCCAGCAGUACCUCUGGGGCCGGACAGCGUGUCCGAUGCAUAGGCAAUGGAAAGACCUGGGCCAGAGGUUCUGGCCUCGGUGGCUGCUCGAAGGCCACUGUCCCAAGGGCGAGACGUCGUGUUCAGUACCAGCUGGCAUGUACUGUCGAGCCACCGGAAACCAGUACAAGACGCUAUUGCGGUGGCACUGCCGGGGCCCUAGUGGUCCUUCGGCCGUAUUGCAGCAGUACAACAGCUUGCCGGGCGGAAAGGCUACGGGGUCGAUGGUCAACCCGAUAAAGGUGUGUCAGUGGAUCAAGGUGGAGUACCCGGUGGUGACCGAAUGUGGUUGCGGUUGCGCGACCGACGUCUCCGAGUGACGGAGCUGGGCGGCACCCGCCUGCGAGAGCGAAACGAAACUAUAUCAUAUUAUUAUUAUUAUUAUUUCAUUGUAUACGAGUGGUAUACCUCAUAUCAUUAUUAUUUUUCUCCAAGCCUUUAUUAUUAUUAUUAUUAUUAUUAUUUUUUUUUUUUACGAGUCGGACGACUUGUCGCACACUACUAGUCUUAAUAUAAUAAUGUAUGAAACACGGUUUUUUUUUAACGACCAAUUAGUUGUUAAGAAUUACAUGUAUUUAAUAUAAUUUACUACUCAUUUAUGUACACCAUCGUCCAUAACGUCAGUCUCGACGUAUCAUAAUAUAAUAUGAUACAUUAUCAUUAUAUUUUAAUGUUCGAAAAAGGAGAUCGCAUAUUAUAUAUAUAAUCAUUGUUAUGAUCGUCUUCCCGACACUGCGUGGCAUCGUGUAAAUAAUUUGGAUGGUCAUUAAAUACUAUUAUUAUAAUAAUAUAAACCAGAAAUAUUGCACUAAACGAUCAAUUCAAUAAAUUAUAAUAUCCUAUAACUGCAGUUCAAAAUACGCAUAUCGACCGAUCGGUUGGCGCUAAAUCGCCGAGUUACAAUUUAUAACAAAUCAGAGACAAUAAUAUCACGUUGGUUGUGCGCAUGCGUAAGCCGUAGGUAUGUGUGGUCGGAUAAAACCACGGCCGUUAAAGGCUUUUUACCGACGCUCUCAUCCACUAUCCCACUACGAUCAUUACUACAAGUUAUGAUGGUUUCUACUGUAUAUCAUAUAUACAAUCCUAUUCACGGAAACGUAUUAAACGUCAAUCUAGAAUUAAUUUAUAUUUUACUGAUGCGUCCAUCGAGCGUCGUGACAGACGUGAUUUUUCGACAAAUUUUUUUUAAUAAAAUAUCACUCGUCAGCUGUCCGUAUAUCAUACUAUAUAUAGAUUUUAGUAUAUUACUAUAUUGUGUAACUCCUUCGCUCUCUCUCCCGCGUAUCAUUAUUAUUAUUAUUAUUAUUAUUAUCGACAUUCUUUGAGGUUUACAUAUCAUAUCGUUUUACUUAUUUAGACCAUCGCGCGUAGAUAUUGUCGGAAAAUAUAAUAUACGAAAUCUGAGUAAGUUUGAAGAUUUAUUUUUUUAAGUCCACCUACAAUAAACGUUAGCGCACAUUUGAUAAUUUUUUUACCAAAUCGAAUAUAACGCAUUAUAUUAUAUUCUUUCGUUUUGCUUUGAAUUAUUUUAAUUUUAUAUUAUUUAUAUUUAUACAUGUAUUUUGUAAAAGCUUCU